CAAUAAAUGCGCGUCCCCGUGACUGUACCCGUGUGCUAGUCCCCAGCGCGCAGUGACUCAGUGCUGCGUUCAUUUUUUAUUUUUUAUUUUUUACACACGCAGCGCUCCUUGGUACCGCCAUCGCCAACACUUUCUAAGCAAAAAUGUCCAAAUUGGAGCAGAUACUCAUUCUUGAUCCACCAAGCGACCUCAAAUUUAAAGGCCCCUUCACGGACGUCGUCACCACAAACCUGAAGCUGAAGAACCCCUCGGAAAGACCGGUAUGUUUCAAAGUGAAGACGACGGCCCCGCGCAGGUACUGCGUGCGGCCCAACAGUGGCCUCAUCGAACCCGGAGCCACCGUCAUCAUUUCCGUGAUGCUACAGCCGUUCGAAUACGAUCCCAAUGAGAAAAGCAAACACAAAUUUAUGGUUCAAUCCAUUUUUGCACCUUCUGGUGCUACAGACAACGAAGCAGUGUGGAAAGAUGCUAAACCUGACGACCUCAUGGAUUCCAAGCUGCGAUGUGUCUUCGAGGUGCCCAACGAAAACGAUAAACCGGGCGACGCGGUGACCGAGUCCAGCAAAGCCGGCCCCGUUCUCAACGCGGCCAAAGGGGACGGCCCGGCGGCCACGCCCAAACCCGGCGCCCAGUCUCUGGACGACAGCGAGAUGCAGAGGCUCCAGGCCGAGGCUGAGCGGCUGGCCGAAGAGAACCGGCAACUCAAGGACGACUGUUUGCGGAUGAGGAGGACCCAGCGGUCGGAGAACGUGGUCUCAAACACAGGCGUCCCCAUGGGCGUGGGAAACAGCUCCGCGUCCCUCCCUUCCCUGCUUGUCGUCAUCGCCGCCAUUUUCAUCGGAUUCUUCCUAGGGAAGUUCAUCUUGUAGGCGGAGGAGCGCGGCGACCCGCUCGCUGUUUCCGGGCCUGGUGGAAGUCUAAUGUGUUUUUCGUUGACCUGCCAUAUCAUUGGUAGUGCGGCCCACCGUCAACACGUCCGUGCACAGCGUCCACUGCAUUGCCUUUAACGAUCAAUCUCACAUGGUUAGCACACACAGAAAAGAAGAAAAAGCGAGACCUCUCCUUUCGUUGCUUCCUGGUCUUGGGGUGGGAUGGGUUCUGGGGGAGGGGGGGAAGCAAGGAAAAUGCACCCCGGCCAGGACAUGUACUGUGUGGAGACAGCGAUGGAAAUUCGUUAAUAAAAGAAUCAUUCUCUUUCUCUCUGUUGUUUUACUAGGAGUGGAAUGGAAUGUCAAGUGUCUUGUACAUUUUAUUUUAAUCCUUUUUACGAAAAUGGAAAAACUGCCAAUGGAAACAAAAAAGCUUUUGCUGUCACUGGAUUGCCUCAUUGAAAUGGUAUGUUUGUCUAAAUUUUAAACCUAUGGGGAAUUUGUGUUCAGCCAAGGAAAUAGGUGCCUCUUUCUCUUUCCCUAUCCUACUGACACCAGUACAGAUGUCAUAUUAUUAUUAUUAUCAUUGUUAUUAUUAAUAAAAAUACUUUAAGUUUUUACUCUUUUCCUGCCACAGAUGUAUAUCCCUUGUGAGGCAAAUGUUGACUAAAAAUAAGGUCUCCAUUCUUGCAGUACUGUUCCAUGGUAUUUCGCAUUGAAGAAAUAAAGAGAAAAUGCAUCUUUAA